UGAUUUUCAUAGUGUUAACUACAACAAAACAAAUAGAUAUUUGUUUAACACUUCCCACCCAAAAUAUUUAUUACACAUAAGGAAUAACUCAUUAAUAUGAUGGAGGGUGGCGAUAACAACUAUAUUCUGAAAUCCAAAACAGAUGAAGAACAAGAAUCAGGGCUGGAUGAGUCUAGAAAAACCUUGAAAGACAGCAUUGAUUGCCGCGAGAAGUCGAUUGUGGAAAACAUAAAUGCAGACCAAGCUGCUGUAACCAAAAUCAAAUAUCUCAGUUCAGAGCAUGCGAUGAUGGAUAAAUAUUUGGAUAACGAGGAACAGGAUACCUCACUCCGCAAGUAUCUCGUUGUUGGAGUUCAUUGGGUCGCUCUGCUCAGUGAAAACGUGUUAAGUCAUCCGUUUGUAGUGUUGCGAUGGCAGUGCCAAGUUCACAAUGCCUCGAAACACUAUCAUUUGCAUCCCUUUACGCUUCUGCCCAGUAUUGUGCAUCUCCACCGACGUCAAGGACUAAUGACGCUUUGGAAGGGAAUGGGCAGCUGUCUCCUUGUGCGCGGAAUGUCCUGGGCCAUUGAGGAUUUCAUAUCGAAACUCACCAGCUGGCCGAAAGAACCGGACAGUCGAACUCCCUUAAAGCGAUUUGGACAGCAUGUUCUCCUCAAAUGUAUAACCAUUGGCUUGGUAGUUCCAUUCCAUGCCGCAUCCUUGGUGAAAACAGUGCAGAGUGACAUUGCCAGCGAAAAAACAGGAUUGUUUAAUGUGCUGAGGGAGGGAGGACUGCGACUUUUCCACUGGAGUUCCCCACAAAAAGGACGAAUGCUACCUGCCUGGGCUUUAAUAUGUCCCUGCGUUUCCAUUGGCAUCACGAAGUAUCUUUUCAACUUGCUAAUACAUGGGGUUUCCACUCGCAUGAUGCGAAGGCGAAUUAUGUAUUUGAAGGGAAAACGAGGACAAAAGUUUAGCGACAAAACUCUAGAUCAGCAAAAUUCGGACAUAUAUGCGGGACUUAUUGCUAUGCUGACCACCGAAGUGAUUUUCUUUCCAUUCGAAACAAUUUUGCAUCGAUUACAACUGCAGGGCACUCGAACCAUUAUCGAUAAUCUCGAUAACGGCUAUACAGUUGUUCCGAUUCUGACUAACUAUCGCGGAGUGUUCGACUGCUAUCGAGAAACAGUUUUGUCGGAGGGAUUUAGUGGACUUUACAAAGGUUUCGGUGCAAUGAUAAUGCAAUUCGUAGCCCACGUGGCUCUAAUAAAACUAGCCAAAUGGAUUGUGGAACAAAUUGCAGAGGGAAUGUCAAGUCGACCACCAUCACGUAAAUUGCAAUCCUACAACCUCGAUUCCAUAUCGUGCAAUAAGAGCUCUACAACAAUAUCGCCAAGCGUUUCAAGUGCCGAUGUGGCCAGUUUGGGAAAGUACUCACUGGAUUAAUCAAAUGUGAUUAUAUAUGUUUUUGUGAAUUAUUUCUUACAAUUUAUAUUUAAAGGAAAUAACAUUAAAUGAAGGUUGAAUAAGAGAAGGAAA